AUGAAGGCAGAGGUUCACACGGCACUGUGCUGGGCUCGGGUGUUGUUUAAAACAAUAAUUAUAAUUUCGAUUUUUGGGGCGGCGAUAUCUUCUCGUCUUUUUUCGGUGAUCCGGUUUGAAUCGAUUAUCCAUGAGUUCGAUCCUUGGUUCAAUUUUAGGGCCACUAAGUAUCUUGUGAGCCAUUCGUUCUAUGAGUUUCUAAACUGGUUUGACGAUCGGACGUGGUACCCGCUGGGGCGGGUAACAGGUGGGACGUUGUACCCUGGUUUGAUGACGACUUCUGCUGUGAUCUGGCAUGGGCUGCGUAAUAUUGGUCUUCCUGUGGAUAUCAGAAAUGUGUGUGUUUUGUUUGCACCGGCGUUUGCAGGGUUUACUGCCUUGGCGACGUAUGAGUUCACAAGGGAGAUCAAGGAUGCUAAUGCGGGCUUGUUAGCAGCUGGGUUUAUGGCGAUCGUUCCGGGGUAUAUCUCGAGAUCGGUGGCUGGGUCGUAUGAUAAUGAGGCCAUUGCGAUCACGUUAUUAAUGCUGACUUUUAUGUUUUGGAUCAAGGCUAUGAAGACAGGAUCGAUUUUGCAUUCCACUUUUGCGGCUUUGUUUUAUUUCUACAUGGUCUCCGCGUGGGGUGGGUACGUGUUCAUUACCAAUUUAAUCCCGUUGCAUGUGUUUAUCCUAAUACUCAUGGGACGAUACCAUAGCAGGCUUUAUAGCGCUUAUACGACGUGGUAUACGAUAGGUACUAUAGCUUCGAUGCAGAUUCCUUUUGUUGGGUUUUUGCCGAUCAGGUCCAACGAUCACAUGGCUGCGCUCGGAGUGUUUGGUCUAGUACAACUAGUUGGGUUGGGUAACUAUAUUAAAGGCAAUGUUUCAUCUAAACGCUUUAAAGUGGUGCUCAUUUUGUCUCUUGUUGUAAUCAUAGUUGUUGGUGUCUCUGGUCUCUUUGCGAUCACUUUCCUUGGUUACAUUGCACCCUGGACUGGUAGAUUUUACUCCUUAUGGGACACUAAUUAUGCCAAGAUCCACAUUCCAAUUAUUGCUUCCGUUUCAGAACACCAGCCUACCGCUUGGCCUGCAUUUUUCUUUGACAAUCAAUUCCUCAUUUGGCUGUUCCCAGCUGGUGUCUUUUUGUUGUUCCUCGACCUGAAAGACGAGCAUGUAUUUGUCAUCACGUACUCCGUUCUAUGUUCCUAUUUUGCAGGUGUCAUGGUCCGGCUAAUGUUAACCUUGACGCCCAUUAUCUGUGUCUCGGCUGCGUAUGCGCUAUCCAAGCUAUUUGACGUUUACCUUGACUUCUCCGAACUUUGGUCCACCACCGGGGCGGCAGAUGUGCUCACACCUUCUGACCCCCAGGCCGCAGGUACUGCUGAAAAACGCCCUCCCUCGAAGAUCAGUGCCAAUGUAUCAGCUGCUGCCACGUCGUCUUCGUCGUCUUCCUCAUCCAGGAACGGUUUCCUCAUGGUGAUCACCAAAUUGCUCGUUUCUGGCACAUUCCUAUUCUACCUCUGGCUUUUCGUUUACCACUGUACUUGGGUUACCUCGACAGCGUACUCUUCUCCAUCUGUCGUGCUUCCAUCGAGGAACCCUGAUGGUUCACCUGCCGUCAUCGACGACUUCAGAGAAGCCUACUACUGGCUAAGAAUGAAUACUGACGAGGACGCAAAGAUAGCAUCAUGGUGGGACUACGGUUACCAAAUCGGCGGCAUGGCUGACCGUACAACCCUCGUCGAUAACAAUACUUGGAACAACACCCACAUUGCCAUCGUCGGCAAAGCAAUGGCCACAUCUCAGGACAAAGCCUACCACCUCCUCCGCGCCCACGACGUGGACUACGUCCUAGUCAUCUUUGGAGGCGUGCUUGGCUUCAGCGGCGAUGACCUUAACAAAUUCCUAUGGAUGGUCAGGAUUUCAGAGGGAAUUUGGCCUGAUGAAAUUAAAGAACGCGAAUAUUUCUCCGCAGCAGGCGACUACCGUAUGGAUGCCAGCGCCUCAAGCACAAUGAAAAAUUCACUCAUGUACAAGCUCUCCUACUACAGAUUCCCUGAACUUUUCGACGGACAACAAGGCUUCGACAGAGUCCGUUCCCAAACCAUCACCGUUGACGAUAUCGGCACCCUCGACUACUUCGAAGAAGCCUUCACCUCUGAGAAUUGGAUGGUUCGUAUCUUCAAACUCAAGAGCCCAGAUCAUCUGGGGAGAAACUUGCAUGACGUUGCCAAAUUGAACAUGGAGCAGUCUCUCGGUGUUAAAAAGAGACUGGUAAAGAAACCUGUCUUGGACUUGAGAGUAUAA